GUCCGCCCCGCGCGCCCGCGGCCUGGCCCCACGGGGGCAGCCAGCGCCGCAGGCCAGUUCCUGUGGCCGAGGAGGACUCAGCCAGGGACCCUGGGUGUGGGAGACGCAGGGGGCGGUGGUCCCACCGAGCAUGUCCCCGUGGGAGUCAGAAGAGGGGUGCCAGCACUGAGGUGGAAGGAAGCGCGUCAGGAGGACGCGGUCAGAUGAGCCUCAGCGAACCUGCUGCCCAUCCAUGUGGGCGGCCAGGACGUGGGGGCACUCGUGCCUACUCAGCAUCUCUCACCGCUGGGCUGUGGGAGCCAGCAGGUGGGCGGAGGCCCGGAUGGAGAAGGAGCUGUCCUAGGAUCGCACAGUCUGUGCUGGGCCCGGGCCACGGGUUAGCCUUUUGUGGCCCAGUUCUUCCACCUGGCCUUGCCCGAGCCCCAGGAUUGGGGCAUUCACGGUGCUGGGCAGAAGUUGGGCAGGCCAGGCUAGUCCGGGAGGUCGGCCACUCUUGCCUGACAGGCCAGCUUGAUCUGACCCCUGCCCUACCCCGGACACUGGUUGCAGAGGCGCCUUUCUUUUCCAUGUUGAUCCCCGCCCCCGCAACACCUCUCUGCCCAGAGGCACACAGACACAACAGCCCCAGGCCUGGGAGCACGUAGUCAGGGUGGCCCCUGUAGGUGCCCAGGGCGGCAAAUGAGUGAGGAGCAGUGAUGGAUAAGGAUGUGUCCAACCUGCUACAGCCUGUUGGGGGCACAGGGGACAGGGGGAGGGUCAAGCCAGCAGAGGCCCAGGGGACCCUGGGGGAAGGUGGGGGCAGCCUGCUCCCUCCCUGCCUCCUUCCCCGCCCCCACCCCGGGCUGGCCGGGCUCCCAUCAGCCGCUGCUGCACCAUCAAUAUUUCAUCGGCGUCAAUAAGAGGCAGCCGCAGGGACAGCGGCUGCAGCUGCGCUCGAGCCAGCUCCGGUCACAGCUCAUCUGGGGAGGCAGACUUCCACCCCUGCCCACCGCCAUGGAUGUCUUCAAGAAGGGCUUCUCUAUUGCCAAGGAGGGUGUGGUGGGUGCUGUGGAAAAGACCAAGCAGGGAGUGACGGAGGCGGCGGAGAAGACCAAGGAGGGCGUCCUGUAUGUGGGAGUCAAGACUAAAGAGGGUGUUGUGCAGAGUGUGACUUCAGUGGCUGAGAAGACCAAGGAGCAAGCCAACGCCGUGAGUGAGGCCGUGGUCUCCAGUGUCAACACCGUGGCCACCAAGACUGUGGAGGAAGUGGAGAACAUCGCAGUCACCUCUGGAGCGGUGCGCAAGGAGGCCCUGAAGCAACCUGUCCCCUCACAGGAGGACGAGGCAGCCAAAGCGGAAGAGCAAGUGGCUGAGGAGACCAAGAGUGGGGGAGAUUAGAAGGCUGCCAGUGAUCUGAAGAGGCCCUGAGGAGCAUGCCAUCCCCUCUUGGCACAGGGGUGUCUGGUCCUGGAGUAUGACCCACAGAGCUGCGCAGCUCCCCACACCCUCAUCCAGCGCCCCACAGGCCAUCCUCCCGUGCUAUCACCGCGACUGCCUUCACCUCCCUAGCCUUGUCCCUGCCCACCACCCUCUGAUCUUUCUGACCCCCACAGAUGCUACUGUGAAUUUUUUUUUUUAUGAUUUUAAUGAUUCCAAAUAAAACUCAAAUCCCCACUGCA